AUGGUCUUACCCGGUACCUUAUAUUCUAUCUAUCUAUCUAUCUAUCUAUCUAUCUAUCUAUCUAUCUAUCUUCUUCAUGUGAUCAUUAGAAUGGUCUAUUUCAUAUCUAUCUAUCUAUCUAUCUAUCUAUCUAUCUAUCUAUCUAUCUAUCUAUCUUCUUCAUACUGUUUUAUAUCUAUCUAUCUAUCUAUCUAUCUAUCUAUCUAUCUAUCUAUGGAUACUAUUCUUCGAUUUGGCAUUGGUUUUUUUUUUUUUUUUUUUUCUUUCAUUCUUUUUUUUCUUUUUUCUUUUUUUUUCUUUCUUUCUUUUUUUUUUUUUUUUUCUUUUUCUUUUUCUUUUUUUUCUUUUCUUUCUUUUCUUUUCUUUAGCUUUCUUUCUUUCUCCAGGUUUUUUUCAUUUUUCCAUUUCUUUCUUUUUUCUUUCUUUUCUUUCUUUCUUUUCUUUAUUUUAGUGUAUCUAUCUAUCUAUCUAUCUAUCUAUCUAUCUAUCUAUCUAUCUAUCUAUCUAUCUAUCUAUCUCUUAUCUAUAUACAUAUAUAUCACCGUCUUUACAUUAUCUAUCUAUCUAUCUAUCUAUCUAUCUAUCUAUCUAUCUAUCUAUCUAUCUAUCUCAGUCUCUACAUACACACCCAUGCUAGUCUUUACAUACAUAUCUAUCUCACCAAGUCUCUAUAUACAUAUAUAUCACCGUCUUUACAUUAUCUAUCUAUCUAUCUAUCUAUCUAUCUAUCUAUCUAUCUAUCUAUCUAUCUAUCUAUCUAUCCCAGUCUCUACAUACAUAAAUAUCUAUCCAAGUAAAUAUCUAUCUCUAUCUAUCUAUCUCUAUCAUCUAUCUAUCUAUCUAUCUAUCAUCUAUCUAUCUAUCUAUCUAUCUACAAAACCUCUUCCUUUCUAUCUAUCUAUCUAUCUAUCUAUCUAUCUAGCUAGCUAG